GGGGAGGAAGAGGCGGAGCCAGAGCCUCCCGACAGUCCCCGCUGCUCUGCUCCGCGCUCCGCGCUUUAACCCGCUCGGCUUCUCGGCCCCGCGCGUCUGUCCCCGCAGCAUCGUCCUGCCGGAGAAAUGGUCCCAGGUGCCAGCCCCACGGCCGUGAAGAUUGGAAUAAUUGGUGGAACAGGCCUGGAUGAUCCAGAAAUCUUAGAAGGAAGAACCGAAAAAUAUGUGGAUACUCCAUUUGGCAAGCCUUCCGAUGCCUUAAUUUUGGGGAAGAUAAAGAAUGUUGAUUGCGUCCUUCUUGCAAGGCAUGGAAGGCAGCAUACCAUCAUGCCUUCAAAAGUCAACUAUCAGGCGAACAUCUGGGCUCUGAAGGAGGAGGGCUGUACACAUGUCAUAGUAACCACAGCUUGUGGUUCCUUAAGGGAAGAGAUUCAGCCUGGUGAUAUUGUCAUUAUUGAUCAGUUCAUCGACAGAACCACCACAAGGCCUCAGACCUUCUAUGAUGGGAGUCAUCCCUGUGCCAGAGGAGUGUGCCAUAUUCCAAUGGCUGAGCCAUUCUGUCCCAAAACAAGAGAGGUCCUUAUAGAGACUGCUAAGAAACUAGGACUCCGGUGCCACUCAAAAGGAACAAUGCUUACAAUCGAAGGACCUCGUUUUAGUUCACGGGCAGAAAGUUUCAUGUUCCGCGGCUGGGGGGCAGAUGUUAUCAAUAUGACCACAGUUCCAGAGGUGGUUCUUGCUAAAGAGGCUGGACUUUGCUAUGCAAGUAUCGCCAUGGCAACAGAUUAUGAUUGCUGGAAGGAGCAUGAGGAAGCGGUUUCAGUGGACCGGGUUUUAAAGACCCUGAAAGAAAAUGCCAAUAAAGCCAAGAGUUUACUUCUCACUACCAUACCUCAGAUAGGGUCCAUGGAAUGGUCAGAAACUCUCCAUAAUCUGAAGAAUAUGGCCCAGUUUUCUGUUUUAUUACCAAGACAUUAAAAAUAGCAUGGCUGCUCAGAAGACAAGAAGACUUUCUAAUUCUCAUCAUUUCGGAAAUUCCCACUCAACUUGAAAAUACGCAGAAAGGCUUUCAUGCUGCUCCCUGCCAAGGAAAAACGUGUGAUCAGACAAGACAUUUCCAAUAUGAAAGAUGCCUUCUGAAAAACAUGGACUGCUUCAGAAAACAGAGGGAAAGCAAAUACGAGUAAACAUGUGGGAAACUUCUUACACUUUAGAAAAAAGACAAGAAGACACCAUUCACCCAUGCCCUAUUCAAUUUAUAAUAAGGGUAGGAGGUAACAUCCAGUUUCCUGUGUUGCCGGGGAAUAUGAAGAUGAACUGAGACUUUUGGGCUUUUUAUAGGUGUCACUGUAAAUUGGUACAGUCUCUCUGCGGGGGUCGGGGGGGCAGUUUGGUAAAUGUAUCAAAAGGCUUAAAAAUACUUACACCCUUUGUGCAGGUUACUCCUAGGAAUUUAUCUUUAAAAAAUUAGCAGAAAUACAUACAAGAAUUAUGUAUAAAGAAGGAUGUUUAGUAUUAGUUGUAAUAGCAAAUAUUCAAAACAAUCUGAAUAUCCAAAAAUUGGAAAUAAAUUAUGGUUUAGCUCUAAUUAGAUUGUGAAGCAGCCAACUGAAGAUCAUGUUUUUACACAGUAAUGUCCUGAAGAAUUUAUCGCUCUAUAAUAUGAAAUGAAAAAAAGGUUAUGUAAACAUUUUACAGUACUAAUUUUGUUUUAAAAUUCUAUGUAAAUGUACAAAACAACUAGAAAGAGAUUAUCUUUUGUGAUUGUAUUUGGAGGGGAUACUGGAUAAUUUUAAUUUCCUUUAUAUUUUUCUGCCUUUACAUUUUUUUCUACAAUGAAUAUAAUCAAAUAGUAAAGUUGUUUAAAAAUAGACCUUUUGAGCCACACUUCUCUUGCUCAGGCCCACUUCCACAUGUAGAAGUGUACUUUCCCUUCUAAUAAAGCUUUUCUUUUCUGCUGUAAAAAAAUAAAAUAAAAAUGACUUGGAUCCAGUUUUUGAAAACCACACUAUUUCUCAUAAUAAAGCAAAAUUUAAGAUGGUAAUGCUAAGAAAA